AUGGCUGCCGAACAGGACAAGACCACUGCCGCUCCCCCUGCGGAGACUCCCGCUGCUCCCGCUGGAGCUGAGGCCCCCGCUGAGGGUCACGCUGAAGCUCCCGCAAAGGCCGCCGAUGAGAAGCCCGUCGAGACUGGGCCUUCUGCCCCAGAGACGCCUCUCACCAAGCUCAACGCUCGUCUUGAUGACAUUUUCAACAAGAUCUCUCACAAGGAGAUGUGGGGUGUUCAGCUCUCCAACAUCGAUCACGUACCCACAAAGGUUGUGCUCCAGAAGUUCCUGCGCGCCAACAACGACGAUGUCGCUGCCGCUGAGAAGCAGCUCACCAAUGCCCUCACGUGGCGCAAGAACAUGAACCCUGCUGCCCUCGUCACCAAGACCUUCAACAAGAAGAAGUUUGACGAUCUUGGAUUCGUCACCGUUCACAAGAACGAGAGCGGCAAGGAGACCAUCAUCACCUGGAACAUCUACGGCGCUGUCAAGGACAACAAGGCCACCUUUGGCGACGUCCAGGAGUUUAUUAAGUGGCGAGCUGCCAUCAUGGAGCUCAGCGUUCAGAAGCUCAAGCUUGACCAGGUCACUGAGCCUAUCCCCGAGGGCGGCGAGGACCCCUACCAGAUGAUCCAGGUUCACGACUACCAGAACGUCAGCUUCUUCCGCAUGGACCCUGCUGUCAAGGCCGCCAGCAAGGAGACCAUCGCCGUCUUCUCCAUGGCCUACCCUGAGCUGCUUGCUCACAAGUACUUUGUCAACGUUCCCGCCAUCAUGGGCUGGAUGUUUGGUGCUAUGAAGCUCUUCCUCGCCCCUGCCACCCUCCGCAAGUUCCACCCCAUGACCUCGGGCACCACUCUGGCCACUGAGCUUAAGGACAUUGUUUCCACCCUUCCCAAGGAGUAUGGCGGUCAGGGCCCCAGUGUCAAGGAAGGUCUUAAGAUUUCCCUGGCUCAGGAGGGCGAGGCUCCUACCAAGGCUCCCGUUACUGAGACUCCCGCUGCGGAGGCUGCUCCUGUCGCCGAGCCCGCUACUGCUACCGAAUCUACUCCUGCCGAGCCUGCUCCGGCUCCUGUUGAGGCUGCCAAGGAGGAAACAGCCGAGAAGGCCGCUGAGAGCGCUGGUGAAAAGCCUGUUGAGGAGUCUUUGGAGAAGCUGACUCUGAAGCCCGUCGAGGAAGCACCUAAGACCGACAAGGAGACCGCUCCUGCUGCCGAGACCGAGAAGAAGGAGGUCACCCCUGCUGUUGAGUCAGAGAAGAAGGAGCCUGUCCCGGUUUCCGAGGCUGAGAAGAAGGAGACAGCCGCCUAA